AUGUCGCAGGAUCGAAAUUUUGAGCUGGGCUCACCCAGUCCUCGAUACGACCCAGACGUUGGUCGGAGCUCAAGACAACACCUGAGCUAUGACGCGCCCGCCGACUACAGUAAUGUCGAUGAUGCCCUGGCUCCAGGAAGUCAUCCAGAUCCCCUCGACACGAGUGCCGCGCAGCGUCGCCCUUCACGCAGGCUGUCUUCUGCGGCUUUUCAGGGCGACUAUGAUGUCCCCGACUCGUAUGUCAACAUAGCCGAGAACAUUGACGUUUCGCCCAUCCAGAAUCCCUAUGAAGACUCUGUAUACCAGCACCACAAUCUGGAGCAGGUCAGGAGUCAGGAGCGCAGGUAUUCUCGCGAGCAAAGUAUUGCUCACCCAGAGCCGGAGGGGGCUCCGGAACCCAAGCACGAGGUGUCCCGGCGAACCACGCAGUUUUACACUGUCUCCUACUUGAUCUUUUUUUCCAUCCUUGGUACCCUCGCCCGACUCGGCCUGCAAGCCCUCACGAAAUACCCCGGCACGCCCAUCAUCUUUCCCUCUAUUUGGCCCAACUUCGCUGGCAGCUUAGUCAUGGGCUUCCUCUCGGAAGACCGCAUGCUCUUCCGUGGCGCCCAGGACGGAGACGCCGACUACCCCGCAAGCGACACCAGCUCAGCUGCAAAACGAGCCCAUGCCGCCCGCAAGAAGACAAUCCCUCUUUACAUCGGCCUAGCGACCGGCUUCUGUGGCUCGUUUACCUCCUUUUCGGCCUUUAUUCGCGAUACCUUCCUUGCGCUCGCCAACGAUCUCCCCCCCCACAUUGCAACGCCCUCUCGUAACGGGGGCUACUCCUUCCUCGCGCUUCUUGCCGUCCCCAUCACGACCAUCUCCCUCUCCCUGGCUGGCCUCUUUGUGGGAGCACACCUCGCCAUCGCUCUCUCCUACUUCCUCUCCCCCUCAGCUAUCAUCAUCCUUCCCCCGCGCGCACGUACCCUCCUCGAUCAUGCCGCCGUCCCGCUGGGAUGGGGCUGCUGGCUUGGAGCCGUGUUGAUGUCGGCUCUACCACCAAACGGCCACGAUGCCUGGCGCGGACAGGCUACGCUCGCACUGGUGUUUGCCCCGCUAGGGUGCUUGGUGCGGUUCUGGGCGAGUUUGAAGCUGAAUGGCCGGUUUACGGCAUUCCCUUUGGGAACAUUUGUCGUGAAUGUGGCUGGGACAGCGGUGCUCGCUGUUAUGUGGGAUCUGGAACACGUGAGGGCUGCUGUUGGGGAGGAGGUGAUAUCUUGCCAAGUGUUGGCGGGCGUGCAGGAUGGGUUUUGUGGGUGUUUGACGACAGUGUCGACUUGGGUUGGAGAGUUGGCGGCUCUGAGGAGGAGGCAUGCGUAUGUGUAUGGUGUGGCGAGUGUGCUCAGCGGGUUUGCGUUGAUGGUUGCUAUUGCUGGGGGGGUUAGGUGGAGUGCCAUUUUUGAAGAAGGGUUGUGCAGCUAG